AUGAUAAUAACCUCGGAACACUCCUCUUCAUUCUUCUUUCUGUUCUCUUGGAAAUUGUUUUUUUUUCCGUCCUCUAUUCUUCUUCGGCUCAUACGCAUUUACACAUUUUCUUUCUCGUAUUUUUCUCUUUUUUUCUUUCUCGUCGUUGCCUUUUUUUCUUUCUCGUAUUUAUCUCUUUUUCCUUUCUCGUCAUUGUCUUUUGUCUUUCUCGUAUUUCUCUCUUUUUUCCUUUCCUGUCUUUGUAUUUAUUUAUUUCUAGUAUUUCUCUCUUUCUCCUUUGUCGUCUUCGUCUUUUUCCUUUCCUGUCUCUCUCUUUUUUCCUUUCUCGUAUUUCUGUUUCUGUUUUCUCGUCUUUGUAUUUUUCUUUCUCGUCUCUCACCUUUUCCUUUCUCGUAUUUUCUUUUUUCUUUUCUCGUAAAUCCAUUUCCUUUCUCGUCUCACUCUCUCUUUCUAUUCUUGUCUCUCCCUUUUUUCCUUUCUCGUCUCUCACCUAUUUCUUUCUCGUCUCUCUCUUUUUCCUUUCUCGCCUCUCACAUUUUUCUUUAUAGUCUUUCUCUUUUUCCUCAACUUUCUCUCACAUACUUCUCUUUUUAUUUUGUCAUCUUUGUUUCUUUUUUUUUUUCUUUCUCAUAUUUCUUCUUUUUUUUUUCCUGGUCUUUCUCUUUUUCUUUUCUCAUAUUUUUCUUUUACUUUUCCCGUGUCUCUCUUUUCUCUUUCUCCUUUUUCUCUGUUUUUUUCUCGGCUUACGCUUUUUUUUUUGUUAUUCUCUGUUCCUUUUUCAUCUCUCGCAGAAAUAAUUUUCUCUCUUUUCGUCUGUUUGUAGUUAAUAUGUUUUUCUUUUUGAAAAGAAACAAAAAUACAUUUAUAUCCAACAUAUAUCUAUGUAUAUAUUCAUAUCUGUUUAACUAUGUAUCCAUCAAUCUAUCUAUAACUAUUCACAUCUAUCUAUCUAUCUAUCUAUCUAUCUAUCUAUCUAUCUAUCUAUCUAUCUACCUAUCUAUCUAUCUGUCUGUCAGUCUGUCUAUGACUAUUCGUGUCUAUCUAUCUAUCUAUCUAUCUAUCUAUCUAUGUCUAUUCAUAUCUCUCUAUAUAUCUAUCAUAUCUCUCUCUAUGUCAAUACAUAUCUAUUUAUCUCUGCCUAUUCAUAUCCACCUAUAUAUUUAG